GACACUACACCAAAAUGGGUAUUCCACAGCACAUCAUUAUAACACUAAUGAAAAAGUAUUAUAAUAAGAAUUGUAAAAAGCGGUAAAGUAAAAUAAGACUUCAAAUAAAUGGCGGGCUUUCUAAAUCCAGUUAUCCCUUUUCAGACAAAAUUUUCCAAUUCACGUGUGUUCUCUGCUUGUUCCUUCUCUUUAUUCUUUUCUCUUCCCAAAUUUUCUCUCCUUCUAAUCUGCUGCCAUAAAUCCAAUUGCUACUAGUCUGUUUUUCUUUUUAUUUCUUUUCUUUCAGUGGAAGGUUUAGCAACAUUUUUUGGAAUGAUCUAUCUAAGGUAAGUUAUUUUCCUCUACCACAUUCGUAUCCUCUUAUAUAUUCUUCUUCCCAUGCUUUCUUAGUAUGAUUUCUAAAUUUAUUGUGUCAUUUUUAGGAACUCAAACCCCAGAUAUUUGUUUUCUUAAAGAAUCGGGGUCAAUGACUAUGGCUUCUAUCACUAGCUUCUCGCAUCCUUUGGUAGACUUUUUGUCACUUUCCCUUUUUUACUUUCAGAAAACCCAAACGCAGAAACCCCCAAACCCAAACCCAAACGUCGAAACCCCCAAACCCACUCACAUUUCUCCAUCCCUCAGUUAGCACAAGGUAUAUUUUCCCUCCCUCAACUCUUGAUUUUAAUUUUUUUUCUCAGUUUUUUUCGACUCUUCCGAUUUCCCUCUGCACAUAUAUAUUCAGGAAUAUAUAUAGUUUUCUUCUGUGACCCCCGGCACUCUCGGCUCUCUCUAUUUUAUAUAUGCAUAUAUGUAUGUUUGGAGUGUUGAGUUUUGGGUUAAUUUUGUUCUUGUUUUUUUUUCUCACGGCCUCUCUCUUUCUCUUGCUCAGAGUUUGCUGGAUGAUGGGAGGGUGACGAAUGCGACUUCGGUUGUGGAUGAUGGGUUUCAGUUAGUGUGUGGGAAGAAAAAGAAGGGGGCGAGUCAGUUUCCGAGUGGGCAGGAUUCUAAUUCAUCCCCCGGCAUUAAGGUGGCGACGAAGGAUAAGAUCACUGUGACGAAACCGAAGAUUCCAUUUCAUAUACCGUCGAUUCUGAGACCUCAACAGGAGUUCAAAAUCUUUGUUAAUAAUGUGAACCAACCGUUUGAGCAUGUUUGGUUGCAGAAGAGCGAGGAUGGUAAUUGUAAAGAGUAUAUUCAACCGCUGAAGCAGUUUUCGUAUAUGGAUUUUGUCGAUAAAGAUAGUGAACUGAAUUAGGUGAUG